CAAACCGUCCAGACAUCAACACCAAGUAUCAACACACAAACACUAUCACCAGCAACAACGCGUCGCGUCAUGCCCAAGCCGCUCCGUGACAGCGCCGACGCGUCUGUUGUAGGCGACCUCCCUUGACCACCUCGAUAGUCGCAUAGUGUCUGCAUCCACCGCGCGCCUUGCCAACAGCUGAGGACGGCUGACAUCAUGGCCUAUGUGCCCCCCUACCCGCUGCUAAACAGGACCUACAACCUGUAUCGCGCAUCCCCACUGCACCAUGGCGACUCGCUCCUGCUCAGCGAUCAGUCGAUGCGCGCCCAUGCCAAGCGGCUCAAGGAACAGCUCAAGGGCGACAAUGUGCGUGGUGUGCAGGUCGACUUUGCCGGCGGGGACGAGACGGCAAAGCUGGGCCCGCUGGAAGAGUGCCGCUGGGAGGUGCUUGGCGACGAGGAUGCCUGGAUUGACCGACGCCUCCAGUCUGAGGAUCCAGGCGCACCACGACUCGCGCCAGAUAUCACGCCAGACCGAGCUCGUGGUAUCCAUGUGAGCCUCGAGUAUGAGAAGAACAUGUACAAUGCCCUCCUUCUACGCGACCCGCACGCUACAUCUUCGCCCAAUGGCUUCACCUCGCUGCCCCUCUUGCUCGUGAAGAUGCCAGCGCCAAUACGCGAGAUAUUUCUAAACUACAUCCGAACCACCUUCGACACCCAUGUAGCUCCGCUGAGGCUCCCUUCGUCUUUUAUCACAUCGUCCCUCGAGACCUUCUUCAGUCACCUUACAGCACGCAGCUCUACCCUGUCCAUUCAAGACACGAUAAAGCAGCUGCAUGUCCAACUCACAUUCCCCAAUGCCACGAGCCUUCUCAAGCACGUUGAAGUCACAAUCGCGGCAGAAGACGUAGCCGGGUUCGUUCAGCGCGGAAAGCUGCUGAAAGCAACACACAGUAAACCCUUCACAGCAGCCCUAUCUAACUACCUGAACCGCCACCUCACCCUCGACCUUUCCCACCCAAAAGUCCAAAUAUCCCGUAUAUCCUGCGCAAGCUUCCACCUCGGCACCGAGCGCCUCAAAAUCGUCGCCCCAGACACCCUCCCAGACACAUCCAUCACCGACCAAGGAUCGCCGUCACAGUCACAGGAUUCAAGUGCAACUCAACUUGCCGUCCAUCAACUGUACACACUGCUGGUUCGAGAAGCUACGGGAAGCGGCAAGUUCUUGCCUGAGGAUUUGCCCACGGAUGCAAGAGAAGACACACUGUCUUCGACUGCGAGUUCCCGCCGGAAAAGAGCGGUUAGUACUACGGCGACUGUGAAUGGAACUACCAAGAAGACGAAGGCGAAGGCGAAGGGGAAGGGAGAUGGGAAGCAGACUAAUGGGGAUACUUCUAAUAACUAAAAGUGUACCUUUUAUCCCGGGUGUUGUAGAGCAGGCCUGUUUUGCUCAUUGUAGUCUAUCUAUUUCCUUUUGUGUGAUACCCCAUAGUCUAUUUGCAAUCAUGCCAAUCAAAUUUUGCCAUUUCAUAGCCAUACG